AUGGCAGGUUCAUCUAAGCCAGACGAGCAGCAUGGAGAGAGGCGCUCUGUUCGGAUUCCAGAUUUAUUUUCUUCUAUAAUGGCCUCGAAGCUGGUAGUUAACCCAAACUACUCCGAGGUCAAAGCCGAAGGCGAUGAAUUCAUCGCAAGGAUUAUGAACAUGGACAAGAAAACAAACGCCAAGAACAGAAAAGUAGACUUUGGCUAUAUCGGUGCCAUAUGGGUGCCAGAUGCCGACAAAGACUCGUUGAAGGUGUUGUUUAAUUGGUGCUAUUGGCUGUUCUUCUUUGAUGACCAGUUCGAUGAAGGUCACCUGAAGGAUGAUCCCGUUGCAGCACAGGAAGAGGUCGAUGAGACCAUGGCCAUCAUGCAGGAAGACGUGCCACUAAUAGAUCCGCACGAAAACCCAAUCAGACACCUCUUUCAGCUUUGCUGGUUAUGGGUGAAGCAAAGAGCACCUCUGGAAUUGCAGCAACAGUACAGGAAACAGCACAAAAUAUACUUCGACCAGAUAGUAGUUCAAAGCCAACAAGUGGCCAAGGGAGAGGUCCUAGGCCGCGAUGUACAGGCGUAUCUUGAGGUCCGUUUGGCGACUAUUGCAGUCUACCCUGCUAUUACUCUCGUACAAUGUGUCCAGGGCGUCGACUUGCCAGAAAGGGUUGCCUCCCAUAAUUCUCUGCAAGAAUGUAUUCAAAUAUCGGCUGAGCUUACAUUGAUGACUAACGAUAUUUUGUCAUAUCGUAAGGAUGUAGAGCUAGGUGUGGACCAUAAUUUGAUCCCGCUUCUCGUAGAGCAGGGCAUGUCUGUCCAACAGGCUAUCGACAAAAUCGGCGCCAUGGUUGACAACUGUUAUAAGCGUUGGUACACUGCACUUGCCGAGUUGCCUUCCUAUGGGGAAAAGGUAGAUAGACAGGUGCUCCUUUUCGUUGAGAUUUGCCGCAAUAUUCCUCUUGGUAAUUUGCACUGGAGCUUUAAGACGAGUCGAUAUCUUGGUUCAGAGGAGGCGGGUCAGAAUGUACGCGAGACGCGAAUACUGCAUCUUCCCUAG